AUGGCUUCUCGGCCUCGCCGCGCUGCGGCACAAAAAGCAAACACAGCAAUAACUGACAUGGUCGAUAGCGACAACAUCACUAGUAGUCGGACGGGCAAGAUCAUGUCGUCGAGGGCACAAGCACGCCGAUCUGAGGGUAAGACUGCCGUUGCAACCAUUACUCGCGGUCCACCUUCUUCGCCCUCGGAUUCUAACCAGCAUAUUCAUGUCACAGUCAAGCUUCCAGCUAGCAAGCUUCGCCAAGCUACCUCGAGUCGCACAGGUCAAUCUAGCGGCCGAGUCUCCUUGACUAGCAGGGAGAACUUCGAAGGUGGCGAGAUCCUAGAGGGUAAAAGAUCUCGAAAUCAGAAGAAGAGCUAUGUCGUUGAAUCUAGUGAGGACGACGACGCUGAAGGUGAAGACGAGGACGCCCCUGGCGAGGAUGAGGACAUGAUGGACCUCGGUGAUGAUGACGCAGAAGGCGAAAUUGUGGUCGACGACUCUAUGGACCUCGAUAUAGAUGCCGAAGGAGAGGAGGAUGAUGACCUUGGCGACGAGGACGCAGAAGGUGAAGAGGAUGACAUGACCAUCGACGUUACGCCACCGAUCAAACUGUCUAAGCCAGCAUCGUCAAAAAGCACGGCUACGUCCAAGGCAAAGCCGGCCGCCAAACCAGCACUAAAGCAAGUCAUUGAUGAUGAGAACAGUGACGAUGAGCUCAGUGAGCUGGAAAGUGAGGACGACGACAUCCAGGAUACCGUAAAGGUCGGUGGGGGAGAUGAUGACGACGAAGACGCCGAAGGUGAAGACGAAGAUGAGCUCGAGAUUGCAGGUGCUGCUGAUCAAGAUGAUGACGAAGAACUUCUCAGUGAUGACGAUGGCAGCAGAGCAGCAACUCCUGACUUUUCGAAGAUGACCAAACGACAACGGGCACGGUUUGAGGAUGAUGAUGGGACUUUGCUGAAGCUAUCAGAUGAGGUACAAGCCAAAAAACACUUCACCGCCGAGGAGCUAUCAAUGCGACGUGCAGAGAUGGCACGACGAAGACGAAAUCUGAGCGAAAAGCGCAACGAGGAGAUCAAGGCAGAGACUAUCAAUAAGUUGCUCAAGAAGCAAGCACCCAAGACGAAUAAGAAAUCUCAACUUGGUGGAGACGGAACACUAGAUGGGGACUCAAACAGGCCGAACCCAAUUUUUGUAAGAUGGGUUAGCACCAAGGAUGGUAACCGUGUCUCCGUGCCUGAGGAGAUACUUGCUGCGCCUGCUGGUAGAGUUUUUAUUCCUGGUGGGCUCAAGAGUGGUAAAAUGGUCGAGGAGGUCUCUUGA